UUGCUUACUAAUCGUUGGCACAUCUACUUAUUGCUGCGAUAGCGAGGAAAUAUCAUCCUGAAUCUUUCCACACGCACCCCAAAACAAGCACUUUAAUCAAAUUUCAUGAACAAAUUCCAUAAAACUUACCCAGACGUUCUUUAUUAAUGACAAGAAACUAAUAUAUUUCGUGUGAGUUCUAUCUUUAACAGGCAAAAAGAAUACGGCAAAGAAACGGGCAAAAAAUAUUGUUAAAAUUUGUAUUCAGCUUGACCAAUAAGACCAAUAGGAUUCACAUCCCUACAUAAUGAUUCCGGCACUUCGCAACAUUCCCAAGUCAUAUUCAAAGGCAGCGGCUUCAUUGCUGCAGCCGAUUUACGGCCGGCAGACCGGCGGCCCCCAGCUCCCCAUGUGCGGGCCAAAUCUCCAAUCAUCGUUUGCAAUCAGUCAAGGCACUGACAAGUGUAAAACCUGCACUCAGACAUGUACUUCGGGUAUACGUACCAUCACUACUAACCAGACUGACGAAAAACCAGCCCUCGCUCAAGUUGAAAGCAUCGAAAAAUCCCAAAUGGAACACUUCAACUUGGACACGGAAUCUUUGAAAAAGCUUAAUCCAAGCGUUUCUGAAACUAUCACAGUUCACCCGAUAUCGGCAGUCGACAUUGACGGGACUAAAAUAAAGUUAACUCUAACCAAUGGUGAAACACUAAGGUAUCCGACUGUGUGGCUACGCGACAACUGCCAGUGCUCCAAUUGCUUCAACCCUCUUGCACUUGGACGUUCGUUUUUGAUGCAAAAUUUGCUUUCGGCUCCCGAAGCUGAUGAUGCCAGGCUAAGCGACGCCGGAGACGUGGAGAUCAGAUGGAAGGAUGGACACGAGAGCGUCUUCAAAGCCGAGUGGCUGCAGAGAAGAGCCUUUACUGAACAGGCCAGGCAGAAAUACAGAAGCAGGUUCUCCUUGCCAAAGAAACAAUGGUCCCACGGCCACAAGGUAGCUGAGUUCGACUACCCCAGCCUUAUGGAAGACGACGCUGCGCUGCUGCGGUGGCUCGUCGUGCUGGAGACCUGGGGCGCUACCCUCCUGAAGCAAACGCCCUCGCAGCCCUCAGCGGCAUACGACCUCUGCGAGAGAGUUGCUAAAGUUAAAUACACGCAUUAUGGGAUCUACUCGAGUGUGGUGAACCACCCACAGGCCAAUAACCUGGCAUACACCAACCAGACUCUGAACUUGCACAACGACAUGCCUCAGUACCAGGAGAUACCAGGGCUGAUAUUCCUGCACAUGGUGAAGCAGCACAGAGGCGAGGGAGGUGACACGAUCAUCAGUGAUGGGCUGAGGGCAGCAGAGUACAUGAGGGAACAUUACCCUCAACAAUUCGAGACGCUCGUAACCACUGACGUUUAUUUCUGGGACAAAGGCGAGGGAAAGGACCAGAUGGAGAUGAACCAGUUCUAUAAAAUCAACAAGGGACCGACCAUACAGCUGAAUAAUUCCGGUGAAGUGAGCACCAUCCGCUUCAAUAACCAAGUCCGGGACUCGCACCUGGAUCUACCUGACGAUAAAGUAGAGGAUUUCUACCACGCCCUCCAGAUCUACUUCAGGCUCAUGUACGACAACAGCGUCUCGUUCAAGAUGCAAGAUGGAGACAUGACGGUGCUGGACAACGUACGAUGUCAGCACGCCCGGCAGAGCUUCGAAGGCGACCUGACUGCGCGGCAUCUGGUGACGACUUUCAUGAGCUGGGACGAGGCUCUGUGUCGCCGCCGUCGCCUUCAGGAGCAAUUCAAACUGUAAACAUGUAACUGCAGCAGCAAUUUAUUGUAAGCAUGUCACUGCAUGACUAAUGCCAACUAUGAACAUGUAACUGCAGCAGCUAUUUAAUGUGAACAUGUCACUGCAUGACUAAUGCCAACUAUGAACAUGUAACUGCGGCAGCUAUUUAAUGUGAACAUGUCACUGCAUGACUAAUGCCAACUAUGAACAUGUAACUGCGGCAGUAAUUUAAUGUAAACAUGUAACUGCAGGUCCAAUGCAAACUAUGAACAUGUAACAGCAGCAGCUAUUCAAACUGUGAACAUGUAACUGAAUACCUAAGUUCUUACCCAAUCGCCUGCAGGAGAAAUUUUAAAUAAAGACAUGUAACAAUACGUACCAAUGUUUUUAUGGUAAUGCAUGAGUGAUUAAGGCUGUGAGAUUCUUUCUCACAGAGAUUGAGAUUAAGGCUGAUUCUUUCUAGCGCAUCACAUAUAAGAAGGGUUAUUAAUCCAUGAUUAGCGACUUUUUAAUUAAUGCAGAUCCUUUGGUUUAAUUUAUGUGUUUCUUCGUUGGUCAUGUUUCUUAUUGAGAUUUUAACAUGCAGAAACAAAUAAUGUUCUGAAGCAUACGAACCAAAAAUAAAUUCAUUCAUUUGAUAAUCAUUUGUAAUCAUGAAAUAUAAAA